UAAGGCAGGCUAGCUUAGCGAAAUAGCCGCAUACGGUGAAAAUACCCUCAACAACACCUCGAAAGACAGAAAAGAUACCGAGGUCUGGUCGUCUGUCAAACAAUGGAUGAGUUUCUUUUGUCGAUAUCUGUUAUUUUGUUAAUAUGUCCGGUGCCACCAGCUAGGCGAGUUAGCACUACCGGCUAACUGGCUAAUUAAACCCUGACAAGUGCUCGGCUGCUUGUCUGACUAGCUGACGGAAGAAAAAACUGUCAGGAGGAGGAAAUUAUUAACUAAUAAUCACACCAGAGUGAUAAGAAGGAGCCGGUAUGAACAGGAGCUUUCAAGGACUGCGGGUGUAUCAGCUAAGUUGGUUAAAUUGGUUGUAACAUUAGGUGGUUUGGAGUAAGUAAACUCUGUUAUAGAUAUUAUAGAGAUAACACUCGACGUUUCUUCUUUUAACAUGACAGUGGGUCUUGAUAACUGAAAAGCCUAGAAGUUGCCUUGAAAUUGUAAGCACCUGGAAGUAACAUUGGUGUAAAUGUCAUAUUUAGGUGGAUUUCCUUUGAUUUAAUGGCAUUUCUUUAAGGCACAUUUACAUGUAACGUUUUGUUAUUUGCAUGCCAACGUGUCGCACGCCCUGUUUACAUCAGUUUAGGUCCGGGUUACAGCUUGGAAAAGUAAAUAAGUCUGACAGACAACCCUGCUCACAGCACUCGCGACAACUUUGCACUAGUGGUACAUCUGGUACAUCUCUAUCAGUUAUACCUAGAUAUUUGAUUACUUGAAAUAACAACAUUCCUUUAAAGUAUUUCAUCUGUAAGGUGUACUUAUUGAAGCGCACAUUGUACAUAGUCACCAGAUGGAGCGUAUGCAACCGAGACUGAACAACAAAGUUGGGAUAUUUCAUGAUACUUUUUGUAAACAUUGAUGAUAUGAUCUUAGAGGUAUAAUGUUGAUAAGAAGGUGUAGCUUUGUGUUUCUUUAGUGUUUUUUGGUAGUGUGAGCUGUUGGAAAAGGGUGGCGGGGAUGACAGUGUAUUUGCUCACUGACUGACUGAAAGCCAAACCGUAGUUGUAUUGCUUUAAUUUUCCCCACUUACCACAAUGCCGCCUGUACUGUUCAUAUUGAUGCUGCUCGGAGCAUUAUUUAGCUCCGGACAAGCCAUGUCACGAGAGGAGAAGCACAAGUUGAGGAACCAAGUGGUCGAGAUGUUUGACCAUGCCUAUCAGAAUUACAUGGACCAUGCAUAUCCAGCAGAUGAGCUGAUGCCUCUAACAUGCAGAGGAAGAGUACGUGGGCUAGAACCCAGCCGAGGUGAUGUAGACGACGCACUGGGAAAGUUCUCACUGACUCUCAUAGACACUCUGGAUACUCUUGUGCUUUUGAACAAGACGACAGAAUUUGAGGCUGCAGUGAGGAGAGUUCUGUCAGAUGUGAGGCUGGACAAUGACAUCGUGGUGUCCGUUUUUGAAACCAACAUUCGAGUCCUUGGUGGUCUUUUAGGAGGGCACUCUAUGGCUGUGAUGCUGAAGGAGGGAGGUCAACACAUGCAGUGGUACCAGGAUGAGCUCCUGCAUAUGGCCAAAGACCUGGGCCUCCGACUGCUGCCGGCAUUUAACACCAGCAGUGGCCUGCCUUACCCCCGGGUGAACUUGAAAUAUGGUGUCAGGGGUCCUGAGACGAGGACUGGCACAGAAACAGACACUUGCACAGCGUGUGCAGGGACCAUCAUACUGGAGUUUGCCGCCUUAAGUCGCUUCACUGGGGAUCCUGUGUUUGAGGCCCAUGCCCGGAGAGCCCUGGACUUCCUGUGGGAGAAGAGACAGAGGAACAGCAAUCUGGUGGGAACCACCAUCAACAUCCACUCUGGAGAGUGGGUUCGCAGAGACAGCGGAGUAGGAGCAGGAAUUGACUCAUACUAUGAAUAUCUGCUAAAGGCCUACGUCCUUUUGGGAGAUGACCAGUUUCUGCAGCGGUUUAAUAUUCACUAUGCAUCUAUAAUGAAGUACAUUAGCCAACCUCCUUUGCUGCUGGAUGUCCACAUCCACAAACCUCUGCUUCCUGCACGCACCUGGAUGGACUCUCUGCUGGCUUUCUUCCCGGGACUGCAGGUGUUGAAGGGGGAUAUCCGUCCGGCCAUCGAGACUCAUGAAAUGUUAUAUCAAGUUACCAAGAAACACAACUUCCUCCCAGAGGCCUUCACUACUGAUUUCAGGGUACAUUGGGCCCAGCAUCCCCUGAGGCCUGAGUUUGCAGAGAGCACCUAUUUUCUUUACAAGGCCACAGGAGACCCGUACUACCUGGAGGCAGGUCGCACUAUCCUGGACAACCUCAAUCGCUUUGCUCGUGUUCCCUGCGGCUUCGCUGCAAUGAAGGAUGUGCGCACCGGGAGCCACGAGGACCGAAUGGAUUCAUUCUUCCUUGCGGAGAUGUUUAAAUACCUUUUCCUGCUGUUUGCUGACCCGGAGGACCUGCCUUUUGACGUGGAGGACUAUAUCUUUACAACUGAGGCACACCUGUUGCCUCUGUCUCUUUCCACGGCCCCUCACUCUUCAUCUAUUCCCUCAAAUAGAACGACGGAGGGGGAGCUGGACGACUCUAAUUUUGAUUGGACCUGCCCGAACACCCGCCUCCUGUUUCCUGACCCCGCCUUCCCUCGUAACCUGAGGGAACCCAUCCGUAGCGCCGUGGAUAAGAGCUGUCCCCGCCCUGCUGUUUACCGGGAGCCUGGCAUGGGCCGUCCGCCCCUGAGAGCUCAGGACUUCAUGGCAAACAACCCUGAACAUCUGGAGCUGCUUAGGAGGAUGGGAGUCAGUCUCAUCCACCUGAAAGAUGGCAGGGUGCAGCUUGUACAGCACGCUACGCAGGCAGUGAGCGCUGUAGCUGCAGAGGACGGUGUGCGUUUCAUGCAGGAGAUGAUGGAGCUGUCCAGCCAGCAGCAGAAAGAGCAACUGCCUCCCAGAGCCAUUCAGAUCGUCUCACAUCCAUUCUUUGGCAGGGUUGUGCUGACCGCUGGCCCAGCGCAGUUUGGCACCGACCUUUCCAAAAGUACCACAGGAGUACGAGGCUUUGUGACUGUGGCUGAACCCUACAGUGGCUGUACUGAGAUAACUAAUGCUGAUUACGUCCAGGGCCACAUUGCCCUGCUCCAGAGGGGUCAGUGUAUGUUUGCAGAGAAGGCCCGACACAUCCAGAAGGCUGGUGCCAUUGGAGGCAUUGUCAUUGAUGACAACGAGGGCAGCAGCAGUGACACGGCUCCCCUCUUUCAGAUGGCCGGGGAUGGCCGCAGCACAGAUGACAUCACUUUGCCACUUCUCUUCCUCUUCCACAAGGAGGGCAACAUCCUGCUGGAGGCGCUGAAGGAGUACAGGGAGGUGGAGGUGUUGCUGAGUGACAAAGCCAGAGACCGAGCAGCCAUAUUCAAAGGUAAACCUCUUCCUGGCAGCCUGAUUGAGGGCAGUGUGGACGUGCAAGAAGCAGAGGAGGAUUGCCUAACUGAGGCAACCACUCCCACCUCCUUUGCACCUACUACCCAAUCGCAAAUCAGCACGGUGGAGCUAGACGAAUCUUCUCCUGAGGAUGUUCCGCCAUCAGGGGAGGAAGUUUCUCCUGUAGAGGAAGACACUAGUCCCACAGAGGAAGUUAGUCCAAAGGAAGAGGUAGCUCAUCCCACAAAGGCAGAAACUGAUGUGCCACAACCUAAAGAGGAGAAAGACUCGAAAGAGGAGCACAAGGGCGACACAGACUCCAGCAGCCAGUCAGUGGAUGAACUGCUAGCUGAUUGGCGGGAAGACUUGGAGGCGUUCCAGCAGAUGGAGAAGGAUGAGCUCUGAUAGUUGUCCGACACAUCGUGCCCUGUGACUGUGGUUUGAUCCCACCGUGGGAAGAAACCCGGAGGGAGCACAUCUUCACACGUCACCAGCCUCAAUCAAACACUGAAGAAAUGAGAAGAAGCAGAAGAGAAGCCUUUUUUUUUUCUUUUUCUU